UGGUCUACAUUUGUUCCAGCGAGAAGGGUCUGAGGACCAGCUGAUGUGUACAGGCAGAAUUGUACACUUGUGACUGGAGUGUAGUGUACACAAACUUACGCUGUACCAGUCUCUAGCACAUCUAGACCACAUCUGUAGAACAACCAUCUGUAGAACAACCACCUAGAUUGCUGACACUGCGGGGAUGUGUGAACUCAUCGUUUAACCUCACCUCUGCUGAAGCUUUCAAACUGUUGUAGACUGUCGUUAGACUGAGCUGUCACAAUGCGAGGUCGAAGAAACCCCACCCCUGACCAGCCACCCCCGACCCUGCCCCCGUGUAAGGUGUGUGGUGAGCAGGGCACCGGGUUUCAUUAUGGCGUCACCACGUGUGGAGCCUGUAAGGGCUUCUUCAGGAGAAGUCUGGUCCGCCAAGAGCCGUACGUUUGUGUGGGAGCCGGAAAUUGCCGGGUAGGACCUGAAACAAAACGCCGGAAAAGUUGCCCCAAAUGCCGGCAUGAAAAGUGCCUAGCGGUGGGGAUGAGCAAGGGAGCUAUUAAGACGGGUCGCUACUCUUACGUCAAGAAAUCUCACGACUUGAUGGAGGUGAUCCAGCAUCACGUGGUUCCCUUCAACUGCAGUAACUCGUCCACUGACUCGACCAGCGACAGUAACUCGUUCAGUGACUCGACAUAUUUCAGUGUGAAUAAACCGUUCACAGAAGACCAUAUGGGGAGUAACUCGCCUACAACAUGCAGUGACCUUAGCAACCAGACAGCUGAAGACAGCCCACCUGUGCCAGUCUCUAGACAAGAGACCAGCUCUGGGCCUGCAAGUCUAUCCAGCACAGCUAUAGUUCUCUCCCCUUCCAGCUCCACUACUUCUGUGAUGCCCUCCCCUUACAACUCCCCCAUCUCUGAAAGCCCCAGGGGAAGACAACUGCUGUUUACAGACGAGUACCUUCCCCUGUUCAAUACCCUUCAGACGAGCGAGACAAUACCAGACCCCUCCCACUUACUUGAUGAAGCAGAAGACCACGUUCAACCAAGCGUGUCCACAAGUCAGCCAACCAGCUCUAUAUAUCACAAUUAUUCCCAGAUUCUAGAUCAUUACUGGACUGAUAUUCCCUCGCCAUCUAUACUGGCGUCCCCUUCUGUGUCGGGGUCUGUAUCGACCAUACAUCACCCUGUUCCUCAGACUUCAGACAAUCUGGAACCUUCGCUUGUUGAGUGUCUUGACUCGGCGUACCCCGGCGACCCAGAAAUACUGAGCACAACUAUCCCCUACCCAGACAUCUCGCCCACUGUACAGCCUGGCCCCCCAGAUAAUCUGUCCCCACCCCCCAGCACUGGGGUUGACCUCUGUGAUCACCCCACACCCACCCAGCCUUUAUGUGGAGACUACUCUGAGAGGACGACGUCCACAGGCGUGUCACGUGAUGAGGGACUCAUGCAGGAGGAAACCAGUUUCAAUCUCGCGACAGUUGCUGGGGAUCUCGUCAACUGGAGGCGGGAAUGCUGGGAAGACGGCCAUUUUGAAACAGACGGUGAUUUACAUGAAAGCUAUGUCACGAAAAACUAUGAGGGAGGCAACUCGUUUGUACAAGGUCAUCUGUGCUUACAGGAAGGUCAUCCAUGUUUACAGGAAGUCCAUCCAUACGUAGAGGAAGACCCCAUAUGCGUCAGACCAGCAGAGCCACACAACCACGAAGCACCUGACCCCACCCCUAAAGAACCCCCGCCUACCGACCCCCACAACCCCGAGGAAAGCUUCUUCCGCCAGCUGACCCCAUUCAGCCUGACAGAACCGGCCCGACCAGCCGCGGAACCAGACGGCACCGCGACCCGUCGGCUCCACAACAACAGCGUGGAGUACCAGCACAAAUAUCUGCCGUGGUGCGAGUUCACUGAAGCGGAACUCGAUGACGUCAUAGCAUCCCUCAAGAAAUCCCACUCCAGGUUUGUCGGUCUGGACAGCAACCAGCUGUCAGAGAAGGAAAUCUCAGAGAAAGAAAGUCUGUUCAGGAACAUGUUCCUGUACAACAGUGUGGGCACGCGUGAGCACCCAGCCAUCAGCAAGGAACUUUACUACGACAUCCUCGAGUCGACCGGCCUUGACAUUGACGGCAGGAAGACAUGCGCGGAGGUGUGGGCCAAGCUGAUGGACAUGAACCUUCAGAACACCAUCCGGUUCGUGCGCUCUCUGCCGGGGUUCAAGGACAUCUGUCUGGAGGAUAAGGUCACGUUAGCCAAGUCCUCCAUGGGCGACUACCUGAUCCUGAGCAUCUUCCGAGGUGUGAACGCCAGACAGGACACGAUCGUGCACGCCGAGCACAAGAUUGUCCUACCUGUGGGGUACCUGCUCAGUGUCUUCCCAGACAUUCAGGUGGUUUUAAACGGCAUCACCACCAUGUCGACACGACUUAAGGAGCUCAAACUUACGGUCGAUGAAAUUAUCAUCAUGAAGGCCAUCGUGAUUAUGUCCCCUGACCGCGAGAGCCUGCGAGAACACGAGAAGGUCUACGCCCUCUACUGGAAGCUCCACUGCUGCCUGAUUCUGUGCCUGUGGCGCCGCCUGCCCUCCCCCCUGCGGCACUACUCCCGGAUCAUCUCCGUGUUGACUGACAUGCGCCUCAUCUCCGACUCCACCAGCAAGAGCUACCAGAGCUUCAAGCCGGAGCUGCUCAAGCUGACCCAGCACAUCAAGAUCCCGCUCUACCUGGAGCUCUUCUACGGCGGGGCGUUCGAUGCUCAGGUCUAAACCCCGCCCCCUCCACCACCAUCAAUGCUCAGGUCUAACCCGUCACCCCCCUCCCAAUGAUGCUCAGGUCUAAGGACCCCCCCCCCCCUCCACCACCAUCGAAGAUCCGGUCUAAAGACCCCCCUCCUCACAUCAAUGUUCAGGUCUACCCCACUCCCUUAACCUAUGCUUAGGUCUAACUAUCCCCAACUCAUUGCUAUUCAGGUCUUACGACUACCCCCCACCAAUGCUCAAGUAUGACGUAACCUUCGGUACCAUCAUCAAUGCCCAGGCCUAGCGCACCCCCCUCCCCCAUUGAUGUUCAGGUAUAAGGCCUCCCUCACCAAUGUUCAAGUAAGACGACACUUCCCCCACCUCCCCUCACCAAUAAAAAACAACCUGUAAAUUUGUAAAAAUCUUUUUGCAAUCAAAACACAUUGCUUGUACUAGUGCCUUGACAGCAGUCGUAAGUGUUUGAGUGGAUAUAUUUGUUUAUAGGUCUACUUUAUUUUCUGAAAACGUGCCCCCCCCCCUACGUACCGGCUGGACACCCCCUAGAGCCGCCUCUACCCUCAACACCAAGAAGACAUGAACAGAGCGUGUGUUCGUCGUCUGCCGCCUAGCUUCACCUGCCAAACUGCUAUCGACUGCUAGCCAGCUGUACGCGUGUGAUCAGUCUAUCCCAGCAGUAAAAAAAAUAACUGGAGCAAGAUCACACUUCUUCCAUCGUCACACGACCUUUAACCUGUGUUGACAAGAACCACCCGAUUCACCCCCACCCCUCCUCUCUUAAAUAAUGUAGAU